AAAGAAAAGAAAAUGAAGGUGGCAGCCAUGGAGUUUAGUGAUUAUGCUCUUAUUUGGUGGUACCAAUUGCAAAAGGAGAGGGUAAGAUAUGAAGAACCAUUGGUGGAUAGUUGGGUGGAGAUGAAAAGGCUAAUGAGAAGAAGAUUUGUUCCUUCCCAUUAUCAUAGAGACCUUCACAAUAAACUUCAACGGCUUACACAAGGUAACAAGAGUGUAGAUGAGUAUUAUAAAGAGAUGGAGGUUUCCUUGAUUAGAGCAAAUGUUAGUGAAGAACGGGAGGCUACUAUGGCACGUUUCUUGCAUGGACUGAAUAGUGACAUAAGGGAUGUUGUGGAGUUGCAAAAUUAUGUGGAGUUGGAGGAUUUAGUGCAUCAAGCUAGUAAGGUAGAACAACAACUCAAGAGAAAUGGUGUCAUGAGGAAAAACUCUUCUAAUUUUAAUUCUUCAAGUUGGAAGGACAUAAAUAAGGAGGGAGGUACUUCAUCAAGCAACCCCACUGCUGCACCUCAAAGAACUCAAAUUAAGUCCAAUGAGACCCCUAAGAAGACAAGGAGUAGUGAAAUAAAAUGUGUCAAGUGUUUGGGAAGAGGUCACAUAGCUUCUGAAUGUCCAACUAAGAAGACUAUGUUACUUAAAGAGGAUGGAGAGAUUACUAGUGAGUCUUCUUUAGAUUCUGCCUCACAUGAUGAUGAAGAUGAGUAUGACGAGGAAAUUAUACCGGGAGGAGAUUUGUUUAUGGUAAGAAGGAUGUUGGGUAGCCAAGUAAAAGACAUGGAUGAUAGUCAAAGAGAGAACAUUUUUCAUACUAGAUGCCUUAUCCAAGGAAAGGUAUGUACUUUAAUUAUUGAUGGAGGGAGUUGUACCAAUGUUGCAAGUGCUAGAAUGGUGUCUAAAUUGGGCAUGGAAACCAAACCUCACCCGCUGCCAUAUAAGCUUCAAUGGCUUAUUGAGGAUGGUGAAGUGACCGUAAGCAAACAAGUGGAGGUGAACUUCUCCAUAGGAAAGUAUGAUGAUACAGUUUUAUGUGAUGUGGUACCAAUGGAGGCUUGUCAUUUGCUUCUUGGGAGACCUUGGCAAUAUGAUAAGAAAGAAUUUGAAGAUGUCUUUCCCAAAGAGGUGCCUCAUGGACUGCCUCCUCUAAGUGGCAUUGAACAUCAAAUUGAUCUCGUGUCGGGAGCUGCAUUGCCUAAUAGGCCAGCCUAUAGGAGUAACCCCCAAGAGACCAAGGAGAUUCAGAGACAAGUUGAAGACUUGAUGAAAAGAGGAUGGGUGCAAGAAAGCUUAAGUCCAUGUGCAGUCCCAGUCCUUUUAGUGCCUAAGAAAGAUGGAACCCAAGCCUUUGCUGCUCUCAAGGAAAAAUUGACACAUGCACCUAUUCUUGUAUUGCCUAAUUUUUCUAAAUCUUUUGAGAUUGAAUGUGAUGCAUCUAAUGUGAGGAUAGGGGCUGUUUUGAUGCAAGAGGGGCAUCCCAUUGCCUAUUUUAGUGAAAAACUGAAUGGGGCUGCUCUUAAUUAUUCCACAUAUGAUAAGGAAUUGUAUGCAUUGGUAAGGGCAUUGCAAACAUGGCAACACUAUCUCUUGCCCAAAGAGUUUGUCAUCAACAGUUGCCAUGAGUCCUUAAAGUACUUAAAAGGACAAGGCAAGCUUAACAAAAGGCAUGCCAAAUGGGUAGAGUUCUUGGAGCAGUUUCCCUAUGUGAUCAAGCACAAGAAAGGUAAGUCUAAUGUAGUUGCAGAUGCACUUUCAAGAAGGCAUAAUGAUUACUUGUUUAAAGGAAAGAGAUUGUGUGUUCCUAAAGGUUCCAUUAGGGAAUUACUUGUGAAAGAGGCAUAUGCGGGGGGAUUAAUGGGACAUUCUGGAAUCCAAAAGACUCUAGACAUGCUGCAUGAACAUUUUUAUUGGCCACACAUGAAGCGUGAUGUACAUAAAUUGUGUGAAAGAUGCAUUGUAUGUAAGCAGUCUAAGUCUAAAUUAUUGCCUCAUGGGUUGUAUACUCCUUUACCUAUUCCAAAUUGCCCUUGGAUUGAUAUUUCUAUGGAUUUUGUUUUAGGACUACCUCGGUCUAAAAAUGGUAAAGAUUCUGUUUUUGUUGUGGUGGACAGGUUUUCUAAGAUGGCACAUUUCAUUCCGUGCAAAAAGGUUGAUGAUGCAAUCCAUAUUGCUGAUUUGUUCUUCAAGGAAGUGGUAAGACUCCAUGGGCUUCCAAGAAGCAUUGUCUCUGAUCGUGAUACUAAAUUCUUAAGCCAUUUUUGGAGGACAUUAUGGAGUAAGUUGGGGACUAAACUUCUCUUUUCUACUACUUGUCAUCCACAAACUGAUGGCCAAAUUGAGGUAGUGAAUAGAACUCUUUCUUCUCUUUUGAGGGCUGUAAUUAAAAAGAACAUCAAGUCAUGGGAACAAUGUUUGCCCCACGUUGAGUUUGCAUAUAACCGGGCAGUUCAUAGUGCUACACAUUAUUCUCCUUUUGAAAUUGUUUAUGGCUUUAACCCUCUCACUCCUCUUGAUUUGCUACCUUUGCCUAACAACUCUAUUCAUUUGCGAAAAGAGAGGUUCCCUUCCCAAAGGAAAUCUAAGCUUCAACCAAGAAGAGAUGGCCCUUUCCAAGUGCUGUCCAAAAUUAAUGAUAAUGCCUACAAAAUAGACCUUCCUGGUGAGUAUGGUGUAAGUGCUACUUUUAAUGUGGCUGAUUUGUCCCUUUUUGAUGCAGGAGAAGAGGAUUACAAUUUGAGGACAAAUUCUUCUAAAGAAGGAGGGAAUGAUGAGGACAUAGGAGGUGGCAUGACCAAGACAACAAACUUGGAGGACAUACAAGGUCUUGGAGGCCCAAUGACAAGAGCAAAAGCUAAAAAGACUCUAAAUCUCUUGGUGACCACUUUA